AGAAACAAAGUUUAAUUUGCUCAUGGAUCAGUGAAGUCCAAAAAUGUGCAUUCAUUUUGGGUGGACUCUGCCCUUUCUCGGCAUUUAAGAUUCAGGAGUGAGGGCCAGUGGAGCUUAGAGAGGAAGACAGCCCUCACGAUUUGUAUCCACUCCUGGCUUUACUGACUGCUGCCCCAGUAAUAAAAAACCCAGAAGCUGAAUACAUCAAUAAAUAAAUAAGGCUUUUUUAAGAGGUGACAUGAACCUUGAAGAGUAUUUUGCAAGAACUGGCUACAAAGGUUCCCUUGAAAAACAAGAUUUGGAAACCUUAACCGAUAUAUUCCAGCACCACAUCCGUGCUGUUCCCUUCGAAAACCUCAGCAUCCAUUGCGGGGAGAAAAUUACUUUGGAGUUCGAGCACGUUUAUAACAAAAUCGUGCGGAGGAAGCGGGGUGGCUGGUGCAUGGAAAACAACCAGCUGUUGGGUUGGGUCCUGAAACGCCUGGGGUACGACACCAGCUUUCUGGGAGCGUAUGUGUUCAAUCCACAUCAAAACGCGUAUGCUACCAUCAUGACCCAUCUCCUUGUAAAGGUAGUUAUUGAUGGCAAAGCCUAUAUCGUUGAUGGAGGCUUUGGUGUAUCCUAUCAGAUGUGGCAACCGAUGGAGCUUGUGUCGGGGAAAGACCAGCCCCAGGCUCCCGGUGUCUUUCGCUUCACGGAAAAAAAUGCCAUCUGGUACCUUGAGAAAAUGAGACGGAAACAAUACAUUCCCAACCAAAAUUUCUCUAAUUCUGAUCUUCUGGAGAAAAAAGAGUGUCGGAAAGUUUAUAUGUUCAGUCUUGAGCCACGGACAGUGGAAGAGUUCCGUUUCCAGUGCACGUACCUUCAGACAUCUCCAGAUUCCCUCUUUACAAAGAAGUCCAUCUGCACCCUCCAGACCACCGAUGGCUUUCGAGCGCUAAUUGGGUGGACACUCACUGAGACCACAUACAACUACAAGGAAAAUAUGGAUCUGGUGGAAUUCAUAACUCUCGAAGAUGAAGAGGUGGAAAAAACACUCAAAGAGAAAUUCAACAUAACCCUAGAUAGAAAACUUGUCCCAAUUAACGUCAAAGGAUUUUAUACAAUCUAGAUGACCAGAAAAACCUACAAUAAUGCUACAUAUGUGCAGUACCUUCCACUGUCUGCACAACCACUACUGUAAGAUUAUGGGAUUCUCUUGCAGGCGAUUGAAGGAAAAAUACAUUAAUACCAGAUUAAAGUGAAAUUCACUCUGGGAAAAAUCAGGAAUUUAAGACUCUUCUGUCAAGUAGAAUUAUUUGCUGUGAGAUGACUGCAGUUCAAUUUUUGGCACAAAUGUAGGAUCCGAUUUGAAUCUGGUUAUAAACUUGGGUAAUAAAUAUGUCUGGGAAAUUUUGGAGUGCCUAUAGCACAUAAAUAGGAGUAUGGAUUAUUAAUUGUGAUAUGCUGCCAACACAUUUUCUAUGGUUAUUAUAGGGAGAAAAGUCACCUAUGAGCAUUUAGACAAUGAAGUGAACAUUUAGAACUUCAUUUUUCACAAGAUCUAACCACUUGCAGCUCAUCUCAUUUCUCUACCUUUAAUGUAAGUAAAACAAUGUCACCUUUGAAAGGAGCAUUAGGAGGCAUAAUUCUCCCACUGUCAUCCUUAGACAAAACAUAGUACAAAAUGAAAAUCAUCAUCAUGUGCAUCCCUUUUGUCAUUGCUGCAGUAAACUGCCCAAAGUAAUUUUUGGUAUGUACGUUAUUUUCUGGUGAAGCAAGUUGUAUAUAUUGCAGCAUUACUGUGGCUGAUGGGCUCUAAGGAGAUACCUACAAGCUUUGCUUCUGAUAAGUAAUCAUCCUAUAAAGGGUGAAUGGUGCUUAAAUGUCACAACUGGCUUAGAUUUACUUAUAUCUCAAAAGGGGUGGAAAUUUUAUAUUUUUAGCAUUGCAGGUAUAACAAAGGUAGAACAAUAAAGCUAAUCCCACUAUACCCUUAAUAUUGCCCUCUUUGUAUAUAGCAAAUACGGGAGUCCAUAUGGCUGUCCUGAAUAAGUACCACUUAGCACAGGAGCUUUAGUGUCACAAGUGAGUUCAUUCAUCUGUAUCAAAGUGAAAAAAUCAAGGAGUCAGUCAAAUCGAAAGGAAACCCUUUCUUUAGUAUUAUUUCACAAUCACGUGUCCCCAUUUUUUUAAUUUUACUUUUUUUUUUUUCAAAAAGCCCAAACAAGGAAACUACUGAGAAAGGGGAAACAUUCUUAAAUGCAUUGAAAAAAUAGCAGUAACACUGAAAAACACCCUUUCUCCCCAAUCCUGAGUAUUGGGCAAAUGUUGAUUCCUCUCACCGAUAGCGUGUCUUUUUGCUCAGAGACAUCAUCUGACCAUAAAUCUCAUAAAUGCUGUAAAUGUAUACCUGAAAAUAAAUAAAGGAAAAUAAAACCAUAAA